AUGGGGAUCUUCUUCUCGAUGAAAUGCCGAGACGAUAAGGAUGAAAGCCCUCGGAGCCCCGUGCGCAUCUCACGGAUCAUCGACAAUUUUCAGGCUAUUCGGAGGGACCCCAGCGACAUCGCGUAUGUCGACCACCUCCGCCCCGAUGUCGUCCGAGCAGGCCCCCACCUACCGUCCGGCGCCCAGUACCUGAGGGAUGAUCGGUAUCCGAAUCCGCAUGCUAAUCAUAGGCCAGCUGAUACUGUGGAGGAUUUUCAUAGUGACCGUGAUAUAUCAACUGAAGUUACUGAACCUGUUAAAGCUAGGACAGGAAGGUGGGAAAGAAUAACCUUUAAGAUUGUCUUGUCAUAUCAUGGAUGGUCAUUUGAUGGGUGGCAAAAGCAGCCUGGUUUGCACACUGUUCAAGGAGUUGUAGAACAAUGUCUUGGCAGGUUUGUCGAUGAGAAGAAAGCUAAGCAAUUAAAAGAGAGGUCCAUGCCUGUUGAAGGAUGUAUUGUUGUUGCUGGACGCACAGACAAGGGAGUGACUGCACUGCAACAAGUUUGUUCAUUUUAUACCUGGAGAAAGGAUGUCAGUUGUGGAGAUAUAAUGCAUAGCAUCAAUGAAGUAGCUCCAGGAAAGAUUAGAGCUUUGGAAGUCACUGGGGUUUCACGUGUAUUUCAUCCCAAUUUUGCAGCUACAUGGAGGCAAUACUUUUACAUUCUUCCCCUUAAUGAUAAUGAGGAAUUAAUCACAAGGUGUUUUGAAGGGCACUGGUCAAAUAGCUCCAUUGGGUGUGAGGAUGAUCAGAUGAAUGAACUGCAGGAAAACCAUCCAGUUGAGAAAGAGCAGCAAUUAACUUCCUCCCAUCUAAAUGAAGAUGGCUGCCCAGCUAUUUCUGAAUUAAAACCAAGGAGCUUUAGUAUAAGCAAGGUGGACCAACUCCUACAACAGCUUGAAGGAAAGUCAUUAUCAUACAAAAUGUUUGCACGUGAUACAAAAGCUUCAAGAAGCAGUGGACCUGCUACAGAGUGCUUUAUGUUCCAUGCUCGUGCUGCAGAAACUAAAAUCCGCUGCAACCUUGAGGAUUAUGAAAAUUGCCAAAGGGUGAUGUGUGUGGAGCUUGUUGCAAACCGCUUCCUGAGGAAGAUGGUUCGUGUUCUCGUGGCAACUGCCAUUAGAGAGGCAGCCGCUGGUGCGGAUGAUGAUGCGUUAAUUAAGCUGAUGGAUGCUACAUGUAGGCGUGCUACAGCUCCUCCUGCCCCUCCUGAUGGUCUCUGUCUUCUUAAUGUCGGUUAUGGAGAAUUCAAAGAAAAGUUUUGCUUGAUUAGAUGAGGUUCAUUAACUUAUUUCCCCUCUUAUUCUUCUUGAGGCUUGUUGCUAAUUGAACUCCUGAUGUAGUAAAUUAAUGACUCGCCAGCAGUCUGAUGUAGCUUCUUUGGACCAGUUUCGUGCGUCUCAAUUCUGGACUUUUCAUCUUCAGAAGGCAAAAUGAAAGAGAAUACAAAUUGUUGUAAAA